GCCGGACCCGGAAGUGGUUGUGCUGCUGGAAGCGGUUGCAUGUUGGCUGGUGGAAGCGGUUCUCCAGCAGAGCGGAGACAUGUCCCUGAGCGCACUUAGAAGCGACUCGUACGUGGAGCUGAGCCAGUACCGGGAUCAGCACUUCCGGGGAAACAGAUCUGAUCAGGAGAAACUGUUAAAACUAAGUUGCACAUUAUAUGUGGGAAAUCUGUCCUUUUACACCACAGAAGAACAAAUCCAUGAACUAUUCAGCAAAAGUGGUGAUGUGAAGAAAAUUGUCAUGGGUCUUGAUAAAGUUAAGAAGACAGCCUGUGGAUUCUGUUUUGUGGAAUACUACACAAGGGGAGAUUCUGAGAAUGCAAUGAGGUAUAUCAAUGGUACACGAUUGGAUGAUCGAAUCAUUAGGACAGACUGGGAUGCAGGUUUUAAGGAAGGAAGACAGUAUGGACGAGGAAAAUCUGGUGGCCAAGUAAGAGAUGAGUAUCGCAAAGAUUAUGAUGCUGGAAGAGGAGGUUAUGGAAAAGUUGUCCAAACAUUUUGAAGAAUCUCAUCAUGGCUUUUGAAAGCAGAUAUUGUUUUUGAAGGUCUACUGAAGGGAAAUAUAACCUACCUGAAUAUCUAGCACAUCAUAGCCUGAUUGGGGGGAGGGGGAGGGAGUGGGUCAUCAAAUUAUUUUCACUGGAAUAUUUUUUUUUUUUUUUUUUUACAACAAGUCUCAGGCUUGUUCAAGAAUAACAUUUUGUUACCGGUUUUUAUGAACCAGUGCAAGCCAACAAUUUUAUGUUUGCAAGUUGACUGUCAAGCAAAAUGGGAUACAAGAAGGAUUACUUGGAAAUGUGCAUGGUUUAUCAAUGUAAAUAUAGGAGGGAAUCCAAAGUUGGGGUCUAGACUUCUCUUUUGGAAUUAUUUAGUAAUUGGGAAUUUUAUGUUCUAUGGAACUUUUUUUUUUUUUUUAUAUCAAUGUACUGAUAAGUAUGGCUCAAACAGUACUGUUACGAUAUAUUCAAAUGUAUUUUUUCGGCUCCCGUCUUUUAGAAUAAAAUUUAAAACAUG